AUGCACGUCCCAACCCUCCUCCUAGCCUUAACAACCCUAACAACCGCAACGCCCUUCCCUUUCCACCUGACCGGCCUCAACCGCGCCGAUGCAACAAGCAUAACGCAAUCCCAAAUGGAAACCAUCGCCCCCAAAUCCAAAGAUUGCGACAACCCACCGGCAGAAGGCGAGUGCGCAACAGGCAAACAAGCCGCCAAGUUCACCUCCCAGUCAUUCGAUACGUACCAGGUGACCAACAAGGCCGAGCAGGCCGCUAUCAUUUCCCUGAUGGCAUUCGAGAGUGAUGAUUUCAGGUAUAAUAAGAAUCAUUUCCCGGGUGUUGCUGGGCAGGGGACCCGAAACAUGCAAUCGCCAUCCUACAACAAAAAAUACGCAUCGUCCAUCCCAGCCUUGAGCGAUAAACUAGCUAGUGUCUCCAAUGACCCAGCUGCUUUGUUGGAUUUGCUGAGGAAUGAUGGUACUUAUGACUUUGGGUCUGGGGCUUGGUUUUUGACAACGCAGUGCUCUAAGGAGGUGCGGACUGCUCUUGCUGCUGGUGAUGAGAGUGGCUGGAGCCGGUAUAUUUCUGAUUGUGUUGGGACUUCUGUUACGGAUGAACGGAAGGAGUAUUGGGAGAGGGCUGUUAAGGCUCUUGGUGUUUAG